GGUCUCCUCUACUCCGGAGAGAUCGAGGUGAAAGGAAGCAAAGAGCAGGACGACGUUCUGUCUGCAGCCAGACAGUUCGGCAUCACACAGCUCGUUGAAGGACGAAAAAACGGAGAAGCUCUGGGGAGGAGGUUGGGGAGUAGCAGAGAGGGGAAUCAAAAAAGCAGAAAAAUGCAGGAUGCACAAGUUCAGGCUGCAGGUAUGGAGGCUGAUUCUCCAGUAGAGAAGAGAAGUUGUGUUUCCACGGGAACACAGACGGUCAGAGCUGCUGAAAAGACAGUAGACAGAUGUUUUAGACAUCCAACUCCAGAACCUGAAUCCUCUGGAGCUCCAAGUUUGGAUAUUUCUGUCUCACUGCCAUCCCUAAACAUCCCACCUGAUCAACCUACCUGCUCUAACUCUGAUAAUCCACCUAGAGAGUCUACAGUAGCUUUGACUGCAGCUUUGUCCAGCAAAGUGACGGCUUCCACCAUGUCCCUUAAUGAUGAAACACCUCAGGAAGAUGGCAGCUACCAGCAGGAAUCUGGGUUUGUAGACAGCAUACAGGAGACGGGAUGUGAGGCUGUAAAAACAAACGCUGACAACAUAGAAAACUGCGAGCAGCCGAGGCUCAGCAGCAGCAGAGAUGGGACGAUAGCGGAGGGAAAAGAAAACUGUACAGAGAAGAAGAAGAGGUGUGCUCGUGUCGGGAUGAAGAACCUGGAGAAGAUGAAGGAGAUGCAGCAGAUGGAGCUGAUGGAGACGGCUCAGAUCUCUAUCAAGGUGAAGCUGAGGAGGAGGACCGAGGAGAAGAUGUGGGAGGUUGUAGGCAGACAGGACACAGACGACACGCUGUCAGUUCUAGCCUCCCUGAAACAGGAUUGCUACAGAAGGCCUCAGAAAGGCCCAGCAGACAGUGAACCUCCUCCUUCUGUCCAGUCUGAGCCGGUUUAUCAGUGGGAGACCCUGAUCCUUCAGACGGACUCCUCUGAUCCGUCUCCUCCUCACACCUCCUCCUCUGACUCCCAGCUCCUCCCCACUGACUCCCUGCUCCCCAACCAGACCGACGGGCCUCCGGGCUCGGUGGAGGAGUGUGACGAGCACAUAGACAAACUGUUGGAGGACAUCAUGAUGCGUCUGAACAUCCUGCCCAACCUGGAGAGAGACUGUAAGAAGUCUCAGUUCCUCCAACAGAACCAUGAAGGAGCUCCGGUUCCAGGAACAGAGAACCAGAGUCAGCUGAUCGCUGCUGCUGCAGCAGGAGGCGACUUCUACCAGGAGACUGGUCACCCAGCAACAGAUUCAGCUCCGAACCAGCCAAGCUGCUCCAGUCUUCCAUCUGUACCUCCGGAGCUGCAGCACUUCUCUCCACAGUUUCACUCCAGCAUGCAUCUGUCCACCAGUCCAAACGGUCCGUUUCCUGAAGCAGCCUCGACAGCAUCAGUUAUCCCCAUAGCUCUUAACUCCAGUGAGCAGAAACUACUCACUACUCUAACGUAUUACCCAGCAUGCCAGGAAGAGUCUCCACAAGACAACAUCCUUGAGUUUUUACCCCUGACCAGUGGAGACGAGGCGCUCUCCUCUCAGUCGUUCCCUUGUAUGGAUGAUCUGCGUCUUCCUCCGUGUCUCUCUCCAUUAGAGUCAGUGAACCAAAGCCAAGACAUCCAGCCGUCUCUCCACGGGCUCCCCUGGCUCACAGUGAACCCCGGGUCACUACAAUUUCCAUUCAACGCCAAUAUCACUCACAGAACGGAUAAAAAUGCUUCUUCACCACAGGACACAAACAGCAGCUCUGUGUCAGAGAAAAAACCAAAACAUCUGGAUUUGAAUUCACAAACUGGGCGAGCCAUGGCAGCAUCCUGCACUGUGAAAAAGGAUACCAGGAGGAAAAGGAAGAGGGAAUAUUUAAAAAGUGACGGUGCGGUGCAGAAGAAGAGUCGUCCAGCAGAGACUUCUUCUCUUUUGGCAUUCAAAGAUGUAAAAGUCGGUAACGGAGCACAAAGUCAAACCAACAUCAGCGUUUGUUCAGUCAGUUUGUCGAGCAACAACGUGCUUGCGAAGGAACGAGAAAUUGCAGCAAGUUCUUUAAACUUGCCGAAGAAAUUCUCGGAGAAACCAAACGAGGCGUCGGGGCCUGGUGGGGACCUCGGUGUUGUCAAGAACCGGGUCAGGACCAGGGCCUUCUUGAAAACCGCUCAACAGAAGGAAACUAAUUCGAGUAACAUAGAAAAUGCAGUUUUAAAUCCUGAACCUGCGGCUUUCAAAGCUCCGUUUGUGAAUAAAAUAAAACGGGGACGCGGAAGGCCACGAAAAACAGAGAGCGAGCAAAAACAGAGUGACACUGUGAACAGAGAGCCACAAACUGGAAGCAAACUGCCAAAAGAUAGCCAAAAAGCAAAGAAAAGGUGCAGAAAGCGAAUGAGCAUCAGUGAAGUAGAGGCUAAAAGUGGUGAGAGUGCUGCAGGAGCCGAGGCAGACGAUCAAAACAAUGUAAUCCCUGCAGAAAGAAAACUCGGGGCUGACAAGCGACCACGGAUGGUCACUCUGAAGGAUUUUCAGAAGCUCAUCAAACGGCAACAUUCAAAAACAAGGAAGUCAAAAGAAAGCCAGAACAAGGUAACAAAUGAAAGUGCAGGAGACGCAGAAAGUGAAGGCAAGGCAUCAGGGAACAGACCUGAAGAAUCCACUACGACAGAGACUCGGCCUCAGAACGGAGAUUCUGGGAUUAAAGAGUCUCAGGCCCUCUGCAGUGUCACAGUUGAUAAAAACCACAAUCAGAUUUUCAACAAAUCAACAGCUGAGUUUGGCGACUCGAAGCGUGACGACACAAACAUCUGGACCAGUCAGGAGACCGGUUGGUUUGGUGACCAUCGAGUGUUACCAGCUGAGAGGCAGUGGCCACGGAAGAAUACUCCUGAUAAAGCAGCAAAAGUCUGUGAUGCAGCAGCAUCAGAUACAGAACAGUCGACUGUUAUCAACAAUGAAGGCUCUUCUCUCAGUGAAGCUAAACCCCAGACCCCCGACAGAAGCAGACCACCUCUGCAGAACGCUGAAGAAGAAGAAGAAGAGGAGGAGGAAGAGGAAGAGGAAGAGGAGGAGGUGGACGUUCUGCUUUACUCUCCAGAGAAAGAGCCUCAGACUGAAGAGCAGCGUGAGGACAGACUGGACAACAUGGAGACACCUCCUGAGGAAGAGGAGGAGGAAGAUGUUAUCGAUGUGACUGGAGAUUAGACAGAGAAACCUUUGUGUUUGUGCCGUUUUUGUCAGUUUUUACUGUGUUUUGUGACUCGUUCAGCACUUGGUUGGAUCUGGUUCUGUCUGUUUGUUCAUAGAGAUGAAGGACUGAGUCCAUGUAGCUGUGAAAAUCUGUAGAAAAGACUUUUAUGUUUUGUCUUUUGUUUUCACCGUCAGUGUCAGUCAGGUUUUGAGCUUCAUUUAGUUCCAUAUAAAAAGUUCAAAUGGAUGUUUACACUAAAACAAUAAUUACAAUUGAGGCAAAAGUUCUCACUGUUCACAAUUUUAUUCUUUCAGUUUAAUUUGAAUUGUCCACUUCAGCAGCAUUACGCCUCCCUGGAAGUCAUUACUGUACAAAAGAAAACCUUAUUUUGAGCUUUUAUUUGUAAAGUGCAGCUUGUUGUAUAAAUUACAUAAUUAUGGUUUAUUAAAAAAAAUAAACUUGUAUUUUCAUGCAUGAUUUUUAUUUAUUAUUAUUAUUUAAAUAUUUCAUUUAUUUUUGUUUACUUUAUCACACC